AUGCCUGAGGCACCAAUGGAGCAACAGAAGGCCACUGACUACAGUGUGGCUGAGAACAACAAUAAGACUCUUGAGUUCAUUGAAGAUGUGACUAAAGAGGCUGAUGAUGUUCAAAAGAGAGUUCUUGCUGAAAUACUCUCAAGAAAUGCCCAUGUUGAGUACUUAAAAAGGCAUGGACUCAAUGGGAUUACUGAUAGAGAUACUUUCAAGAAAAUCAUGCCUGUUAUCACCUAUGAGGAUAUUCAGCCUGAAAUUAAUCGUAUUGCUAAUGGUGAUAAAUCCCACAUUCUCUGUUCACAGCCCAUUUCAGAGUUUUUAACUAGUUCUGGGACAUCUGGUGGGGAGAGGAAACUGAUGCCAACCAUUGAUGAAGAACUGGAGAGGAGAUCAUUGCUUUACAGCCUUUUGAUGCCUGUGAUGAGCCAGUUUGUUCCUGGUUUAGACAAAGGCAAAGGAAUGUAUUUCUUGUUCAUAAAAUCUGAGUCUAAGACCCCAGGUGGGCUAGUGGCACGCCCUGUUUUAACCAGUUAUUAUAAAAGUUCCCAUUUCAAGGAGAGACCUUAUGAUCCCUACACAAACUACACCAGCCCAAAUGAAACCAUUUUAUGCUCUGAUUCUUACCAGAGUAUGUAUUCUCAAAUGCUUUGUGGCCUUUGCCAAAACAAUGAAGUCCUUCGAGUUGGGGCUGUUUUCGCCUCGGGUUUCAUUCGGGCAAUCCGGUUCUUGGAAAACCAUUGGUCCCUUCUUUGUAAUGAUAUUAGAACAGGGACACUCAAUGCCCUAAUCACUGAUCCAUCGGUAAGACAGGCAGUGAUGAAAAUCCUCAAACCCGACCCCGAACUUGCGAAUUUCAUUGAACAAGAAUGUAGUAGACAAUCUUGGCAGGGGAUUAUUACUAGGUUGUGGCCAAAUACUAAGUAUGUUGAUGUUAUUGUGACAGGGACAAUGUCACAAUACAUCCCUACUCUUGAUUAUUACAGCAAUGGCAUCCCUCUCGUGUGUACUAUGUAUGCCUCUUCUGAAUGCUAUUUUGGUGUCAAUCUUAACCCACUUUGCAAACCUAGUGAAGUGUCUUAUACUCUCAUUCCCACCAUGGCCUAUUUCGAGUUCUUGCCUGUGCACAAAAAUAAUGGUACAACCAAUUCUGUUCCAAUCCCCAAAUCCCUCAAUGAAAAGGAACAGCGAGAAUUGGUUGACUUGGUUGAUGUUAAGCUUGGACAGGACUAUGAACUUGUUGUCACCACUUAUGCAGGGCUUUAUCGUUACAGAGUUGGAGAUGUUCUUCGAGUUGCUGGAUUCAAGAACAGUGCCCCUCAAUUCAACUUUAUUUGCAGGAAAAAUGUGGUUCUGAGCAUUGAUUCUGAUAAAACUGAUGAGGUUGAGCUACAAAAUGCAGUGAAAAAAGCAGUGAGCCAUCUAAUACCAUUCGAUGCACAUCUCAUCGAGUACACGAGUUAUGCUGACACCACAAAAAUUCCAGGGCACUACGUGCUCUACUGGGAGCUAAGUGUGAAUGGCUCCACCCCGGUCCCUCCUUCAGUUUACGAAGACUGUUGCCUCACCAUUGAAGAGUCCCUCAACAGCGUCUAUCGUCAAGGCCGUGUGUCCGACAAAUCAAUUGGCGCUCUCGAAAUCAAGAUUGUUGAAUCCAGGACCUUCGAUAAGCUUAUGGACUAUGCAAUUAGUCUAGGGGCCUCGAUUAACCAGUACAAAACGCCCCGGUGUGUGAAAUUCGCGCCGAUUGUUGAACUUCUGAACUCCAGGGUGGUGUCUUGCUAUUUUAGUCCGAAGUACCCCAAAUGGACUCCUGGCCAUAAGCAAUGGAUUAAUUCUGAUUAA